GGCGGGAAACUGUGGAACGGGCAUAUUCAAUCAAGAAUUCACAUCGACAAUGAGUGUCUUGCAAGUUCUGCUUAAUUUGAGUGUUGUUUGUAGUACAUCAGCGGCUGAUUCCUUAGCUGUAGUGUUCAAGCAACCCAACGAUUUGUCGACGAACUAUGCUAGACAGAAAUACUGUGACCAAUUGCUAGCAUCAAAGUCAGAAGUUCGACUGUCCGCUAGUGAUGACGUUGUUGAUACUAUUGAUUUGGGGAUAGUCAAAAAAGAUCCUUGCGCACAAUUCGACGUCGGAAUGACAUGGUCAUACGUCGGUCAAAUAUAUGGGUUACAUUGCAUCCACACAGCGGAACCUUCAGAUCCACAUACUUGGGAGGACAACAAUCUUUGCUUCAAACAUAACUAUGGAAUAAAAUGGUCGUAUGCUGGGCCCAUUUACGGCAUGAAAUGUACCCAAGUGGUGGAACCGUCUGACCCACAUACGUGGAACGACAAUUACAUUUGCGUACCGCCGACAUCCACUUUUGAAUUUGCUUGGUCAUACACUGGACCCAUCGCGCAUGCUUGUUGCGUUCAAAUGCUCGAGCCGUCCGAUCCACAUACAUGGUCCGACAAUUACAUUUGCCUGAAAAAUUCCGUGCCCCUAUGCGACAUUUGCACACCUUUCAACAUCGGAUUGCAAUGGUCGUCAGCCGGUCCCAUUACAUCCAAACAUUGCGUCCAAAUCGUGGAACCAUCGGAUCCACAUACUUGGGGGGAUAAUUAUCUUUGUUUCAACAAAGACUAUGGCGUACGUUGGUCAUUUGCUGGUCCAAUUACCGGCAUGAAAUGCACUCAAACGACCGAACCUUCUGAUCCGCAUACAUGGGGUGACAAUUACAUCUGCGUUCCAGAGACGUCCACAUUCGAAUUCGUCUGGUCAUACGCUGGUCCCAUCAAACACAUGUGUUGCUAUCAAAUUUUGGAACUAGCCGAUCCGAAUACAUGGAAUGAUAACUAUCUGUGUUUGGUGUCGGUGUGAUGUGUAUGACAAAGAAAAACGUUUGAAUAAAGCUGAGCCCUACACUUUCA